CCUCCCUGACCUCACUCGCCGACUUUAGUCGACUUCGCCUUGCUUACUGCUCGAACACACUCAAAACCUUUGCCUUCGGCGCCCUGUGCAGUCAGUUUUCUCCUUGUCACAAGAAGGGACAUACUAUUUUCACGCUCCUUCGAUAAAGCUACGACCGGAAGUGAUUAUCGUAGCAGGUUAUUAGACUAUUUUCGCCAACCCUAACCACAGAUAUUUAUCUUAUUCAGAUAUGUGCCCUAACCGUUUUCCAAACAUUAACCAUUGUCUCAAUAACCUGCUACGUUUAUUCUAACAUAAUACGAAAAAGUUACUUCCGGUGUUUUUCGUCACAGGAAGCAGACUUCAGUUGCGGAAGUAUAAUGUAUAGGUGAUCGUUUCAGUACAUGUUUUGAUUUAGUAGUUUAGUGCAAUGUCUAAACUGUACACCGAGAAACUGACCCGGCUCUACGAGCGGUAUCGGGAGUACGUUACGAAGAACCCUGCAGCGACUGGACAACUGGAGAGCACCGUAAGAACGCUGUCGUACCUCAUUUCAGGGCGUUUCACUGACUCCCAUGAAAUCUCUGAAUUGGUGUACUCUGCCUCCAACCUGCUGGUGCUGCUUAAUGAUGGCAUUCUGCGCAAAGGGCUGUGUCGAACCAUACCCAUGUCUCUCUCUCAGCAGAGGCUUCUCACCUGGCUGUCAGUGGUGGAGUACAUGGAGGUGUUCCUGGAGAUGGGGGCCACCAAGCUGUGGGGGGAUGGAGGUCGCUGGCUGGUCAUAGUGCUCAUCCAGAUCACUAAAGCCGUCUUGCGCUUCCUACUGCUCUUCUGGUACAAAUCUGGCAUGCAGACUUCCCCUCCUAUUACCCCUCUGGACAGGGAGGCACAGCUCGGCAACGAUGAGGACCACGAUGACCACCAGGAUGACAGCUCCUUUGUGGGCCAGCGGUCAGGGAGGGUGAUGAGGCCGUUGGGCAAUGCUCCCUCUGUGCAGGCCCGUCUGUGGGCAGCCCCCAGUAGGGAGAAGAGGUGUGCUGUGGAGGAGGAUCUGACCUCUUGUCCCACUGCCCUGGGGGUCCAGGAGACCAUAGCAGAGUCCAUGUACAUCGGACGCCCGCUGGUACACUUGCUCUGCCUGGGAAUGUGUGGGAGAGGCUCCUGGAAACCAUGGCUCGUGUCUGGAGCCAUGGAAAUGACCAGUUUUGGUUUGCUGAGUGACACUAAAUCUCUGAACCGGCGGGAGAGGGCGGAGGUGAGGAGGAGAGCCUUUCUGCUUCUGUACUACCUGCUCCGCUCCCCUUUCUACAACAGAUUCUCUGAGACAAAGAUCCUGUUCCUACUCCGAUUUCUGGCAGACAAUGUUCCCGGCGUCGGACUGGUUGCUCGCCCUCUAAUGGAUUACCUACCUGUCUGGCAGAAGAUCUACUUCUAUAACUGGGGCUGAGGGCAAGAGGUGGUUGAAGGUCUCCUGGCCAGCUGGAUAGGGAUCGACACUAAAGAGGGAGACUCAGUCAAAUACAGAGCCAGAGACACACAGGGACUCAAGUCCCCCACAGACUCACUGGAAACCUGUGCUGGUUAAUCUGCUGUAUUUCAACUGGGGACCCUCAAAUCGGAUCCAACAUGCUGUUCUGUUGCUAGGGCAUGCCAGAGUACCUUACGGAUCCUUCCGUUCUGUUGCUAGGGCAUGCCAGAGUACCUUACGGAUCCUUCCGUUCUGUUGCUAGGGCAUGCCAGAGUACCUUACGGAUCAUUCCGUUCUGUUGCUAGGGCAUGCCAGAGUACCUUACGGAUCCUUCCGUUCUGUUGCUAGGGCAUGCCAGAGUACCUUAUGGAUCCUUCCGUUCUGUUGCUAGGGCAUGCCAGAGUACCUUACGGAUCCUUUCGUUCUGUUGCUAGGGCAUGCCAGAGUACCUUACGGAUCCUUCUGUUCUGUUGCUAGGGCAUUCCAGAGUACCUUACGGAUCCUUUCGUUCUGUUGCUAGGGCAUUCCAGAGUACCUUACGGAUCCUUGCCUUUUGCAUUCCCACCUUGUUCUUUAUUUUUAUAAUUUGAGUGAUUUCCGUCAUAUCUUCCAUCAGACUGAUCUUGAACCAGUGAUUAUGAUGAAUUGAUGCUGAUUGUGCGAUUUAGUUUUCUCCUUUGUAAACUGUACAUUACCCAGUGGUGUUAUUGACCGAGUGGUAGGAGAUAUCUGUGGCACCGCUGAGGAUGAUCACCAUCUUGUCAGUCAGUUUUGCCGUCUGUCACUGGGAACAUUCCCUCCUAAAUGUCUCCAGUUAAACAACCCACUACAGCCAGCCCUGAUGGGUUCUGUGCAGUUGGUCCUACAGCAUUACAGCGAUUUGACUUUGAGGCUAGUUGAAGUUCUCUUUAUGGGGCUGUCCUAAUAUCUCCUUCUCCCAAAGUGUACCCUUGUUCACUCCUUCGCAGAUUGGCAUUUGGCAUGGGCUCGUGGGAGUUUCCACCAUAUUUCGUAUGCUAGUCACUUCCUUUCGACUCGUUAAUUGGAGGAAGGAGAGAAUUGGGCCCUUCUGUUUGUAAGAUUGUUCAUUUGUUUUUCUUCCCACUGUGCCAAUGUGACCAUGAUACGAAAUCUAACCUUUGUAUAUUAAAUAUGCUGUAUUCUAAAUUAUUGAUAUUAACUGAUUAAUUGUGUUCCUAAUAGAUGUACUUUUAAAAAAAACUGGUAAGUCGGUUAAGAACAAAUUCUUAUUUACAAUGACGGCCUACCAGGGAACAGUGGAUUAACUGCCUUGUUCAGGGGCAGAACAACAUAUUUUUACCUUGUCAGCUCGGGGAUUAGAUCCAGCAACCUCUCGGUUACUGGCCCAACGCUCUAACCACUAGACGACCUGCUGGUUACUGGCCCAACGCUCUAACCACUAGACGACCUGCUGGUUACUGGCCCAACGCUCUAACCACUAGACGACCUGCUGGUUACUGGCCCAACGCUCUAACCACUAGACGACCUGCUGGUUACUGGCCCAACGCUCUAACCACUAGACGACCUGCUGGUUACUGGCCCAACGCUCUAACCACUAGACGACCUGCUGGUUACUGGCCCAACGCUCUAACCACUAGACGACCUGCUGGUUACUGGCCCAACGCUCCAACCACUAGACGACCUGCUGGUUACUGGCCCAACGCUCUAACCACUAGACGACCUGCUGGUUACUGGCCCAACGCUCUAACCACUAGACGACCUGCUGGUUACUGGCCCAACUCUCUAACCACUAGACGACCUGCUGGUUACUGGCCCAACACUCUAACCACUAGACAACCUGCUGGUUACUGGCCCAACUCUCUAACCACUAGACGACCUGCUGGUUACUGGCCCAACGCUCUAACCACUAGACGACCUGCCAUCCCAUCUAAUUGUUACUUAAUUGGGGUUGAGAAUUAAGAAUCGAUUUUUGUAGUUUAUCCAGAGUACUUGAGAACAACCAUCUGGAAAUACAUUGAAACCAGGUAGUUUUCCCUGUGUGAAAAAAAUAGUUGAAGAUGAUUGGGGGAAGUGGAAUGUUGUGGCUCUGAGUGCCUUUCAAAAGUUCACUUACCAGAGGAAAAAGGAAAGGUCUAAUAUACUUAUUGGAAAUUGUGCAAAUGUUUUUUAAAUUUAUUUAUGAAUCCUACAAAUGUGUUUAAUAAAUCGUUGUUUAUCUUAGGUAGGUUUUCAUAACUACCAUUCAUUUGCUGUUAUGUAAUGUGCUACUACGGCUGUGUUUACACACACAGUACAAAUCUGAUUUGUUUUUGACCAAUGAGAUCAGCUCUGCAAAAGAUCUGUGAUUUGAAAAUAAAGAUAAGAAUUGGGCA